ACUACUUCUACUCUAAACCUAUUGUUUUUUUAAAUAUCUCAUCGAGGAGGUCAAACCCAUGAAACAAUGAUUGUCCAAACUAUAGGUUCAAAAGUGAAUAUGCUGAUGGAAGAUGAAUUUGGGAUUGUAUAUCUCAUAGAGAAUGCUCAGCAAUUCUGGUCAGAACUAGAAGAUAUAUUGCGCAUCCCAGGCGGCAACACAGCUACGCUGUCCAUGCUCGAUGCCAGCCUCAGAAGAUUCAUUUCGUUGUGCGCUUCUUAUCAUGAACAAUUCCUGCAAAGCCCAUUGCAACUCGAACAUGCGUGCGAGUUGCUACUCGAUUCUGACCUGUUCACUUUUCACUCUGAAAGGAUGUGCGAACUUCUGGUAGAUGAUGUACAAUCGAACACAGACCCCCACUUUCAGCUCAUCACAUUCACUGUUCUCCUUUAUUUCGGGCGUCGAAAGUCGAGCUUUCUUCGAUCUCAGAAGCGCUGGCAGCCGCUUGUACCCCUUUUGAUGGACCAUGUUCUGGUGGACAUUGAUUCCGAUAUCGAGGACGUUUAUUUGGGAACAGGUUCGGUGUCGGGUGGGGGCAGCUCGAGGUCGAGCAUGCUGGUGACACCGAUUGCAAUCGAGGCCAAAUUGAGAAGCUUGGGUGUGAGGCUACUCUAUGAAGUUUGCAGAGUGCAAAAGCUAUCUGUUCAAGAUCUGAGCAUUUUUAGCGAUUCUUUCAUAGACACUAUGUUUGAAUUGGUAGAAAAAACACGAUAUAUGCAUGAUGAAACUUUCAAUUAUUCCGUAAUCAAGUUGCUUGUUGCACUCAAUGAGCAGUUCAUGGUCGCUUCUCUGACUACGGGCGGGCCGACACCUGUUCCACAGACACCUAUCUCCACCGCAAGGCCUGCAGAGGCUCAUAAUCGGGUACUCAAUGUCCUGAUUUCACGUCUGGGCUCUAGCAAAACUUUUGGAGAAAAUAUGAUAUUCAUGUUGAACCGUGCUAAUCGUACAGCCGAGGAUCUAUGUAUGCAACUGCUGGUACUCAAGCUACUCUAUCUUCUUUUUACGACUAAAGGAACUUCGGAGUACUUUUACACCAAUGAUCUCUGUGUGCUUGUCGACGUCUUUCUUCGCGAACUUGUUGAUUUGGAUGAGGAAAGCGAAUCUCUCCGACAUACCUACCUUCGGGUACUCCAUCCACUCCUCACGAAAACCCAGCUUCGAGAUAUUCCCUAUAAGCGCCCACAGAUCGUUAUGGCACUUGAAUCUGUGAUUCAGAAUGCCGAUAUCCGUGAUAUAAACCCAACAACGAAACGUCUCGUAGAAAGAUGUCUGAGUGGCGAUUGGUGUGUGCAAUUGAGGAAAGAUGUACGAGGCAAAGAAUUCCAGAAUGUCCAGGGAGACUUUCGCAAAGAAAGCCCGAGUCAUGAUGUCGUUGCGUUCACCACGCAGGAUGGUUUAUCUCAAAAGCCAAUCGCCCCUCCACUACACUCCGGUCACCCUAAAGUAUACGUUUAUACCCCUAAACCGAAAACUAUGAAGCCUAGCAAGAGUGCAGAAAACUUGAAGAAUGCGCCUUCUCAAAGAUCACCUCCGCGUUCUGUCAAUGAGAAUAUGAGACGUCCCAGCACCGACAGUGCCGCGAGCCUUGGGGGAAUUGCCUCGGCCACUGCCACUGCCGUGAAGCGGCGGGAUAAAGUGAGUUCUGCAGACGACGGGACAUAUGCCAAUCGACAAAUAGGAGCUGCUCAUUUCCACUCGCGUUCUCCACCUUCCCCGAGUGCUUUAAGCCUGCCUGCUACUUCACCUACGUUCCCACCCAAAGCCCAUCGGAGAGCGCCUCCACCUGCCCCUCCGAAAAGGCGGAAACCACCGGCAGUACCUGUUGGUACGACGAAUGGAGGCGCGACGAUCACCGCGAUUGCUAGUUCAUCGUCGGUAGCUAUACUUAAUCCCGUGGGCAAGGUUGGAAAAUCACAUACAUAAGGCUUUCAAUAAUUGCUUUCCAGGAUCAGAUGCUGAACAUCUGUUCGUUUGCGCUUUGAGCUGCUGACAUUGCACGAGUAGUACUGUCAAGUCCACUCUUACUUCUGCAUACACAUCUUGGACUUCCUUCGUACUUCGCUGAGCAACUCACUUCUCACUUGUAUUAUUAUCGAAAUCUUUUCGCCUUCCAAGCUUUCUAUGCACCCCUUUGGUCGAGGCAGCAUACAAACACAUUUAUGAGACCAGUUAUUUUAUUGUAACAAUGACCUUCAAAGCAUCCUAUUUUCUUUCGUCCCCCAAUUCUAUCUAUCUGAGCAUGAUGCAUGUAUUUACAUACCUUGUCGUACAGAUAUGCACAGCUAUAGCUUUUUGC